AAAGAAUCUCACUACACCAAAUUAUGGCGAGUUUAUCACACGUGCAGCGGGUUAGACUGCUGUACAAAACAAUUUUGAGGUUACACCGUGGUUUACCAGAGGAAGUUCAAUCUUUAGGAACCAGUUAUCUCAAAGAUGAGUUUAAGAGACAUAAAACAUGCAACGAAGCUGAAGCUGCUAUUUUUCUACAUGAAUGGACAGAGUACGCUCUCAUGCUUGCUAAUCAGCUUGGACUAAAGGGACCACAUACAGCCAAACCAUUAGGUCAAGAUUUGGAUAAAAAGGAUCUUGAAAAAUUUAGGGAUGAACAAAUGUGUCAACUCUAUGAACUAAUGAUUACAGCAACUGGUAAAGACAGCAAAAAUAAAAAAGACUGAUAGGCUUCUAAUUUCAUACAGAUAUUUAAUAGUGCUGCUCUGUACAGUUCCUAAAUUGUUAUACGCUAUAGUCUAUUGUAACAUACAGUGAUGUGCAAAAGUGAGUAAUUGAAUCAAAUGAUUUUAAUUGUUUGUAGAUUCCAGACUGAUUUGUUUACUAGACAGUGAGUAACAAAUAUUUACAAAAAGGAGCGCAAAUAAGAAAGUUAUUGUAUUCUAAAUGGUGUGUAAUCACUUUUGCACAUUGCUCAUUUUGUGAACAUGUGCUGUUUCACAUUGUAGGUUGUGAAUAUGAUAAUUAUAAUUCUCAUGUACAUAGAUGUUAUUUUGCCACCAAGCAUGCUACAGAAAUGUAAUAUUACCUAAAAUUGUACAUACUCAUCAAUGAAUUAUAUGUACUUAAUUCAUCAGAAAAUAUAGCAUUCUGUAAUAA